AUGGCACCUCGAAGGCAGGCGCACGACGAGCUGGCCAUCUACGCCCAGCCCUUAAGCAGCGAUGAUGAGGAAUACAAUACCUCGACAAAGCCCCCCGCAAGCCCUCCGAAAGAGCCUCAAGGCAAAAUAACGAAGUCCUCUCGUCUCUCUCCCAAACGUCCGUUGACAUCGGCUACUGCAGCCACCACGAGAUCCAAGAGGAGGAAGAUCAGAGACGAGCCCAACAGUCUUGAUACCCUGAUCGCACGACAAGACCCCGCCGUGCCAGAUACGUUUUCCGAGUGGAACUCCUCGGGCUCUCAAAAAAGAAGGCUACAAAGAAGUUAUGCAAAUCGGAAGUUCUACCAGAAACCCGAGUCGCUGGAAAACGAGGCUGGACCGUCCAUAGCUCAAGACGAGUUUGUCUCAUACGAGGAGGUGACCAAACGUCGGGGUGGGCCCAAGCUAGAGCUCGAUUUCAUUCCGGUGGCUACACUGCCUGGCAAGGUAAUGCCCAGGAAACCUGCCCCUUUGGAAACCAGACUCGACAUUGUGGACAUGCCCCGGAAAGAAUCACCAAAGGAACGUGGAUUUCAGCUACCCGACCUGCCCGAUUUCAACUCUUCUGCGACCACGGCCAGCACCACCACCGGGCUUGAAGCUCCAUCCAUAUUCGGAGAUAGGCCUCCUAGCGACAGGCUGCAUGAUCGCAGGAGAUCUGGCUCGACGUCGUCUUUGUCAUCCGUGGAUUCUAUGUUUAUCUUGGAGCAUCAGGGCGAGCUACUGGAUCAAGCCGGAGAUUUAGCAGCGGCCGAACCUUCUGACCUCCGGUGUCCGGUGUGCCAGCAGAAGGUUUCAGAUUCUGCAUCUUUAUACGUACCUGCCAAACUUCGCACACUGCCUUUCAAGAGGCAGCAGGACUUUUGUGCGCAGCAUCAAGUUGUCGAAGCAAAAGAGCAGUGGCAGGACCGUGGUUAUCCAGAUAUCAACUGGAAGGAAUUCGAAGAGAUCCGAAUUCCGCGCAAGCUGCCCAUCUUACAGGAAAUCAUCAAUCGAAAGACAGCAAGCUUUUAUCUGGAGCAGUUGGACAAGAAGAUCAAAGCUGCCCGAGGGAACCGCAAAGCCGUGAAACUCUACCUCAACCAGGGCAUUGUUGACGUUGCCAAACAAGGCUACUAUGGCCCGAAAGGAGCACGGGUCAUGGUCGGCGCCAUCACGGCCGAACUCACAAGAAGCCUCAACAUGGCUCUACGGUCUGACUCUGCCCUUCGAGCGGCCGGGGUGGGCGGCUACGUCAGUGCCGUACUGGUCCCGGAGUUGACGUCGCUGUUGGUCAUGGAAGACAUGGGACUGCAGAACAGUGAGGAAGCCAGGCGUGUUUUGGACAAGAGCAGCCGGAUUGGCGCUCUGCUGAAUCCCGACGAUGACCACAUUGAACGGGAGGAUGAUGAAUGA